GCGUGUGUAUCAGAAAAGCCUGUCUCACGUGACCUCAUCUGAACCAGGAAGACUAUCGUAUAUGCGGAAAAUCAAAAUAACAGUGGGUGACAGUUAGCUUGGUUGCCAAUUAAUACCAUUGUGUAAGUUAAGCGGAACUCAAAGACACACUGAAAUGGAUGACACACUCUUCCAACUAAAGUUCACAGCAAAACAGCUCGAGAAACUUGCCAAAAAGGCAGAGAAAGAUUCUAAAACAGAGCAAACCAAAGUUAAAAAGGCUCUGCAGCAGAAGAAUGUGGAAGUUGCACGCGUAUAUGCAGAGAAUGCCAUCCGUAGGAAGAAUGAGGGCCUCAACUGGCUGCGCAUGGCCUCUCGUGUUGACGCUGUGGCCUCAAAGGUCCAGACUGCCGUUACUAUGAAGGGGGUCACUAAGAAUAUGACGCAGGUCACCAAGGCCCUGGACAAGGCGCUGGCUUCUAUGGACCUGCAGAAGGUUUCUGCUGUCAUGGACAAAUUUGAGACACAGGUUCAGAACUUGGAUGUCCACACCUCGGUGAUGGAGGACUCUAUGAGCUCAGCCACCACAUUGACUACGCCCCAGGAUCAGGUGGAUGACCUCAUCGUCCAGAUAGCAGAGGAGAGUGGUCUGGAGGUAAUGGACCAGCUCAACCAACUGCCAGCAGGAGCCACCUCCCUGGGAGAGAGUUCAACACGCUCUCAGCAGGAGAAGGAAGACCAGCUAUCCCGCAGGUUGGCUGCUUUGAGGAACUGAACAUGCAUCUCAGCUAUUUGCUUGACAGAUGGAGACUUGACAACUGCUUGGAAACAGACAGCAGGGAACUGUGUGAUUUUAUUGAAUCUUACCGUGAAAACCUAAUGAGCCAAUUGAUUUCUAUCUCCACAUCUAUUUAUAGACACACUUACACUCAGUGUUGCUGACAAUACCACCUAAAAAGGUACAUGUCAUGUCUGUCCUUCUCGGUUGCACUGCCAUCCGUUUUCUACCGCUAGUUUCCCAUCUCCCAUGUCUUUCCGUCUCUCAACUUUAGUCCUGUCUUAAUUCAGGAAUCCUUUAUGACCGCUUGGCUAGUUGUUGUGAACUUCACUUCCUUAUCACAUGACCCAUUUUUGGAUGUAUACCUUUUUAAAUGGUUUUCAUUAAAAGUAGAAAUAUUGUAAUAGGGGAACUAUGUUUCAAAACAGACAGCGGUAUAUAUGUAAUAUUUGAUAGCUUGUGCCCCUACCCCUUAUUGUGUUUUGGAUUCAAGUAUGGGGUAUCUUAGUUUUUAUAUGUAAUAUAUUUUGCUUUCUAUUCACUAGUGGUCAGGUGGUGUAUGGUAUUUGGCUCUAAAUACAAAGAACAUGGAAGGAGAAAAAAAUACAUCUCUUCAAUGCUGAGUGUAAAUGGGGAGAACUUCAACCAAACAGACCAAUUGAUAAGUGUCCGAUGUAUUCCCACAGUUUCUCACAAUGUUUUGAUAACACUAACAAAGUCAAGAUUACACAAAGUACUGCUUCUCCCCAACAUGUCAAUUAUUGUUUUACUUAAUCAAAAUGUUUCCUAUAUACUGUACAGGAAAGGUCAAUCCUGGCAUACAUUUUUUUUAAGCAUGUAAAUGUACUUUGUUUCAUUGUUUAGUUUAAAUCUAUUGUUAAUUCAUGCAUAUUUGCCUCACUACCUGGGCAUCGAGAGGUGUUUAAUGAGUGUUUUCGUCUGAGCUCAGGAUAAUCCAAUAGAUUUUGUCAUUAGCCAUCUCUGUUACCCUUAAUGUCAAAGUUCAGUAUGCACCAAAAUUGCACAGAGCAGCUAUCACCAAUAUUGGGAUUAUGUACCGUAUGUACUUCAAUUAAAAUACCUACCUGUGAUUUUUGACCAAAGCGGGCACCUCCAAUAAAAUCUCAUUAGCUUAUCCUACAGCAGUAUCUCACCACAUCGUUGGAAAUAUCUACAGUUUUUGUAAGUGUAUCGUGUGUAACCACAAUGGUGAUGACAGUUGCUUUGCUCAACACGAUAGUGCAGUGAGUACCAAAUGCCUUUACUUUAUAACAUUAGCGGAGAUGGCUAAUGGUCAAUUCUGUCUUUGAAUCCUAAAUUUUAUUUGGGAUUCAACAUAAUCGUCCCCUCUGAGCUCCGGUAAUGAUGCAGCAGAAAUGAUUUGCUUUGCAUUUGUACGCCUUAUUUGGAUACAGGUAUUUGCCUAGGUGCUUCUCCUCAGUGCCUGAAUCAACCAGAGUUAUGUGAUUAAUCUAAUGUAGGGUAUAUAUGACAAUUAAACGAUGGCGUCCCAUUAUUGUACCCAUCAAACCAUAGAUGGCUGCUGUCGCUAGAGUUGGAUAUUUUGGAAAUAUCUUUUACUUUUCUUGGGAAGGUUUAUUUAUACUUAAAAGUUGUGCUUUUGUUUUAUAUAUUAUGUUGUGGAAAUAAAAUCCCUCUGAUAUGAA